CUGGUCAUAAACAAGCCUCACUGCAGGGUUGCAUCACCAUAAAGUCUGGGUUUUGAGAGGUUUCCUUUCUCUGUCAGCUGCUAAGGAAGCAUCUGUCCCUGUGCCCCAAUUGAAGAGCCUUUUGUAGAUAUCAGGAACAUGGCAAUCUGUGCGGGGCUCGUCCUGGAAGGAGGCAACUUUGGUCACUGCGAUGCCUGAGACUCAAGUGUGACGUUUCUGCAGGUACUUCAUGGUGGCCGCCUGCCCACCACUGCUCCACCCGGCUCCUGAAACAUGGGGGAAAACGAGGACGAGAAGCAGACCCAGGCCGGACAGGUGUUUGAGAACUUUGUCCAGGCUUCCACGUGCAAAGGCACCCUCCAGGCCUUCAACAUCCUCACCCGCCACCUGGACCUAGACCCUCUGGACCACAGAAACUUUUACUCCAAGCUCAAGUCCAAAGUGACCACCUGGAAGGCCAAAGCCCUGUGGUACAAACUGGACAAGCGUGGGUCUCACAAAGAGUAUAAGCGAGGGAAGCUGUGUACGAACACCAAGUGUCUCAUCGUUGGAGGAGGACCAUGUGGUUUGCGUACUGCCAUUGAACUUGCCUACCUAGGGGCCAAAGUGGUCGUGGUGGAGAAGAGGGACACCUUCUCCCGGAACAACGUGCUGCACCUGUGGCCUUUCACCAUCCACGACCUGCGGGGCCUGGGAGCCAAGAAGUUCUACGGGAAGUUCUGUGCCGGCUCCAUCGACCACAUCAGUAUUCGUCAGUUACAGCUCAUCCUGUUCAAGGUGGCCCUGAUACUGGGAGUUGAAAUCCAUGUGAAUGUGGAGUUUGUGAAGGUUCUAGAGCCUCCUGAAGAUCAAGAAAACCACAAAAUCGGCUGGCGGGCAGAAUUUCUCCCUGCAGACCACUCUCUGUCGGAGUUUGAGUUCGAUGUCAUCAUCGGCGCUGAUGGCCGCAGGAACACACUGGAAGGGUUCAGGAGGAAGGAAUUCCGCGGGAAGCUGGCUAUUGCCAUCACCGCCAACUUCAUAAACAGAAACAGCACAGCCGAGGCCAAGGUGGAAGAGAUUAGUGGCGUGGCUUUCAUCUUCAAUCAGAAAUUUUUCCAGGACCUUAAAGAAGAAACAGGGAUCGAUCUCGAGAACAUCGUGUACUACAAGGACUGCACCCACUACUUCGUCAUGACCGCCAAGAAGCAGAGCCUGCUCGACAAAGGUGUCAUCAUUAACGACUACAUCGACACUGAGAUGCUGCUGUGUGCGGAGAACGUGAACCAGGACAACCUGCUCUCCUACGCCCGCGAAGCUGCUGACUUCGCCACCAAUUACCAGCUGCCCUCGUUAGACUUUGCCAUGAACCACUACGGGCAGCCCGACGUGGCCAUGUUUGACUUCACCUCCAUGUAUGCCUCGGAGAACGCCGCCCUGGUGCGGGAGCGUCAGUCACACCCGCUGCUCGUGGCCCUGGUGGGCGACAGCCUGCUAGAGCCCUUUUGGCCCAUGGGCACAGGCUGCGCCCGCGGCUUCCUGGCCGCCUUCGACACAGCAUGGAUGGUGAAGAGCUGGGACCAGGGCACCCCUCCCCUGGAGCUGCUGGCUGAAAGGGAGAGUCUUUACCGGCUGUUACCUCAGACGACCCCGGAGAACAUCAACAAGAACUUUGAGCAGUAUACUCUGGACCCGGGGACACGGUACCCAAACCUCAACUCCCACUGUGUUCGGCCCCACCAGGUGAAGCAUCUGUACAUCACGAAGGAGCUGCACCAAUUCCCUCUCAAGAGGCAGGGCUCAGUGAGAAGAUCCGUUGGCCUCUCCAGGCAGGAGUCAGACAUCCGGCCCAGCAAACUGUUAAACUGGUGCCAGCAGCAGACCGAGGGCUACCAGCACGUCAACGUCACCGACCUGACCACAUCCUGGCGGAGUGGCCUGGCCCUGUGUGCCAUCAUCCACCGCUUCCGGCCUGAGCUGAUCAACUUUGACUCUUUGAAUGAAGAUGACGCUGUGGAGAACAACCAGCUAGCGUUUGACGUGGCUGAGCGUGAGUUUGGCAUCCCCCCAGUGACCACGGGCAAAGAGAUGGCGUCAGCCCAGGAGCCCGACAAGCUCAGCAUGGUCAUGUACCUCUCCAAGUUCUACGAGCUCUUCCGGGGUACCCCGCUGAGGCCUGUGGACUCCUGGGGCAAAAACUACGGAGAAAAUGCUGACUUCGGCGUGGCCAGAUCAUCCCUUGCUCAUAACUAUCUCAACCUCACGUUUCCAAGGAAGAGGACUCCACGAGUGGACAGCCAAACCGAGGAGAAUAACGACAUGAACAAGCGGCGGCGGAAAGGCUUCAACAGCCUGCGUGAGCCUCCAACCUUUUCCAGCCGAAGUUUGGGCUCCAGUCAAGAGGGCAGCGGCAGUAAGGAAGGUGGAAAUCAGAACAAAGUCAAGUCCAUGGCAAGUCAGCUGCUGGCCAAGUUUGAGGAGAACUCUCGGAACCCUUCACUCCUGAAGCAGGAACACCGUGUCUCAGGCAUAGGUGAGCCUGUCCUGCGCUCGUCCUCUGACCCUCCUGUUAACUCUCGCUCUCUCAAGCCGGAAGAGCCCACAGCCAGCCCAUCGCCUCCUCUGAAAAGGCAGUUCUCCUCGGUCGUUGUGACGGGGCAUGUGCUCCGAGAGAUAAACCAAGUGUCUGCUGGUGGAGAGGGCCCGAGCCGGCCCUGGAGAGCCAGGGCCAAGUCCGACCUGGGCAGGCCCGAGAACCGUGCUGCCCUGCCUCCCGCCUGCCAGGGGGCGCUGGCCCUGUCCGGGGUGCUGCGGCGGCUGCAGCUAGUGGAGGAGAAGAUUCUCCAGAAGAGGGCUCAGAACUUGGCCAACAGGGAAUUUCACAAAAAGAACAUUAAGGAGAAGGCGGCUCACCUUGCCUCCAUGUUUGGACACGGGGAUUUCCCGCAGAACAAACUACUCUCUAAAGGCCUGUCUCCUACUCAUCCUCCGUCCUCUUCCUCCUGCCUUCCAUCUCCUGAUCCAGCUGCUGCUUCCUCUCCAUCGACUGCUGACUCUGUUUCUCCUGCCAGAAAGCUGACGGUAGGGAAAGUGUCCAGCGGAAUAGGGGCUGCAGCCGAAGUCCUGGUCAAUCUGUACAUGAAUGAUCACAGACCCAAGGCCCAGGCUUCCUCUCCAGACCUGGAGACGAUGCGAAAGGUGUACCCCCUGAGCCUCGGCGGCAGCGACACCUGCUACUUCUGCAGGAAGCGUGUGUACGUGAUGGAGCGGCUGAGCGCCGAGGGCCACUUCUUCCAUCGGGAGUGUUUCCGCUGCAGCGUCUGUGCCACCACCCUGCGCCUGGCCGCCUACGCCUUCGAUGGCGACGAAGGCAAGUUUUUCUGCAAGCCUCAUUUCAUUCACUGUAAAAGCAACAGCCAGCAGCGAAAGCGACGGGCAGACUUGAAACAACAGAGAGAGGAGGAGGGGAUGUGGAAGGCGCAGGAAGCCCCUCGGCGAGACCCUCCCGCGGAAAGCUCCUGUGCAGCCGCCGCCCUCGGCUCUCCGGCAGGCAGCCCCCCAGAUGAGCCGACCUCCCCCAAGAAGCCCAAGAGUGUCCCGGAGCCAGAGCCUGGUGCUGUGGAAGGUAGAGCCACCUCUCCCCUGCCCUCUGAGUGGACCUCCGUGAGGAUCAGCCCCGGGGAGGACGCAGCUGGGCAGGACGUGCUGGCUGUGUGUGUGCUGGUCACCAGCGACGACAGCAGCUCUGAAGCUGAGCUGAACUGCGGCAGCAGCGAGGCCUCCGGUGCGGAGCCCUGUGAGGAGAGACCCCAGCGGCCGGAACCCGCACCCCUACCGAAGCCCCUCACCCGCCACAGCUCCCUGAGGGAGCCCCUGACCAGGGCAGCCUCCGGACAGUGCCCUGAGGGGCCCCGAGCUCUGCAUGCUCUGCAACGGGCCAACAGCUUCCAGUCCCCGACUCCCAGCAAAUACCAGAGCUGGAGAAGAAAAUUCCAGCCGAGUGUGACGCCAGUGAACAACGAAAUAACCGUGUCAUCUCCCAAGGCAGCUUCCCCUUCUGAUUCUGCUUCCUCCUUGUCUUCUGCUUCGCCUUCCCCAGCACCUUCUCCAGGGAGCAUCCCAGGCAGUGUUCCGGGCAGGUCCUCCCCACCGCAGGUCUCAAGAGGUCAUUUCAGUCCUUCCACCCCAAUCUUUCUGAGGCGAGCCAGAGCCCAAGGAGCACCCAAAGAAAUCCCUCUCUAUCUGCCUCAUGGCCAGGUGCUGGAGCGCGCGGGGUACUGCCUGGUGAGGCCUGGUGGAGACGGCCUCCAAAGCCCCAGGCCACCCAGCCCUGCACACAUGGCUUCUGAUGACUGUCAGGGCUCUGGAGGCCCCCACAGAGGCCCACCCCCCAUCGGGGAGAAGGACAGGCACUUGCCAGACCAAGAGUUGUCUCCUGGGGCUAGAGAAGACUCCGGAGAAGGGAGCCCUGAUUCCCGGAGGGGAGGGGAGGGUGGCUCGGAGCUGGCGGAGGGGAAGAAGUCGGGCCUGAAGAAGCUGGCCCUCAGUCCGGAGCAGAAGACCCGGCUGCUGGAUUGGAACGACUUCAACACCAAGAGUUUGCCCCCAGAGGCCGGGCCACAACUUGCCCAGAGGAGCGGCGAGAAUGGCAGAGGAGGCCGAGUGCUGAAACCAGUCUGCCCCUUGCUGCUCCCCAGGGCCCAGGCAGACGCUCAGGAGAAGAGGGGGCCCCCAGCUGAAAGGGCUCCACCCAAGUCCCCGCUGAGGCUCAUUGCCAAUGCCAUCCGGAGGUCGCUGGAGCCCCUCCUCCCCAGCUCCGAAGGUGGGAGGAAGGCCUGCAUCAAGCCAGAGUCAGCGCCUCUGCCCACCAGCCAGCCCCAAGCUUGCGCGCGCUCCUUCAGCCUUCGGAAACCCAGCUCCAGUAGAGACUGGAGCCAGCAGCCCGCGGGGAGAGACAUGGCGAGCAGGGCCUCCGCCUUCUUCUCCCUGGGCACCCCGCCCGGCAGGGCCGCCCUGCCCUCCACCCCUGGCCUCCCUGGCCCUGCCCUCCGCGCCCACAGUCUGCCCAACCGCCCGUCCAAGAUGCUUCCCGGGUUCGCGUCCCCGCCCUGCAACAAGAUGGAAGAUGUCCCCACGCUCCUUGAGAAAGUGAGUUUGCAAGAGACCUUGCCAGAUGCUUCUAGGAGUCCAAAGAGAAAAACUUCACUCUUUUCCUCCCUCAGACUGAAAGACAAAUCUUUUGAGAGUUCCCUCCAAGAAUCCAGACAAAGAAAGGACCUCCGGGACCUCUUUAGCAUCCCCAAGGGGAAGGUGCAGCCGGUGGACAGCACGCCCCUGGAGAAGCGGGCGCCGCCUGUCGGUGCCCCGGGACAGAGGGCCCCUCCGCCUUCUCCGCAGCGGGACGCAGGUCUCAAGCACACCCCCAUCAGGGCGCAGGUGACAGGGGCUGCCUCUUCCACCACCUCCUCCUCCGCAGAUGAAGAGUUUGAUCCCCAGCUUUCCCUGCGGUCAAAGGAGAGGAAGACACUUAGAAGAAGGAAGAAGCUGGAAAAAGCAACAAAGCAAUUGGUUAAGCAAGAAGAGUUAAAAAGACUUCAUAAAGCUCAGGCCAUCCAGAGGCAGCUGGAGGAGGUGGAGGAGCGGCAGAGGGCUUCCGAGAUCCAGGGCGUGAGGCUGGAGAAGGCGCUGAGAGGAGAAGCAGAUUCAGGCACACAGGACGAAGCACAGCUUUUGCAGGAGUGGUUUAAGCUGGUUCUGGAGAAGAAUAAAUUAAUGCGAUAUGAGUCGGAGCUACUGAUCAUGGCCCAAGAGCUAGAAUUAGAAGAUCAUCAAAGCAGACUGGAGCAGAAAUUAAGAGAGAAAAUGCUCAAGGAGGAGAGCCAGAAAGAUGAGAACGACCUCAGUGAGGAGCGAGAAAUAUUCACCGAGAUGAUGCAAGUGAUUGAGCAGAGGAACAGGCUCGUGGAUUCCUUAGAGGAGCAGCGCAUACGAGAAAAAGCUGAAGACCAGCGCUUUGAAAGCUUCAUAUUCUCCAGGGGCUGUCAGCUGAGCAGGACGUGAGCGGGGCCUCUCCUCCGGAGCCCACCAAGGACGGAGCCCGCCACGCACACCUCACACGCUCCUGCUUCCUUUUGCAGUCUUUGUCAUCCCUGCAGCUUAAGUUAUACCAGAUUGCAGUAUGUUUGUAAAAAUUCAGAUUCUCUCAUAUGUGCUGCAGCUGCCCCAGAUCCUCCCAGAGAUGAUCAUGAAGAAAACACAAAGACGUGUUUGGAAUUGGCAGUCAACCUCACAGGUCUCUCCGAUUGGAGGUGACCUUGGCAGAUGUCCAGCCAUUGUUUUCCCUAGAAGGUGACCCCGAGAUGGACU